CUGUUAGGAGAGGACGGAGCCGGUUUGGACGCGGGGGAUGGCGAUGGUUCUACGCCGUUAUACCAAGCUACGAAGAAUGGCCACGCUGCGCUGGUGAGGUUACUGUUAGAGUUGGGGGCUAAUGCGAGUGCGCAGGCUGAUUGUGGUAUGGCGCCUUUACAUCACGCUGCCGAUAAUGGCUACGAGGCAAUUAUGAGACUACUAUUGCAAGUGGGGAGGGCCGAUACGGGCGCGAAGGACAGGCAUGGCCACGAGGCGGUCGCGAGGCUACUGCUAACGGGGGGCGCCGGUGCGGGUGCGAAGGAUGAAGAUGGCUGGACGCCUUUACACUGCGCAGCGGACAAGGCCUACACGGCGGUCGUGUCGCUGCUACUGGAGGCGGGGGCCGAUCCGGAUGCGAGGGAUCAAGACGGCCGGACGCCGUUG